AUGGCAAAAAUCCCCCUGAAGAUCCGAAUGGAUCUUCGUGACCACUGGGAAAAAGAAGAUUGUCCAGCUCAAAAGUCAAUUGCAGCUCUCAAAGAUUUGCUGGGGCUGUCCGUCAUCAUACAAUUGGAACCCUUGAUUCUAUGGAGCGAGCUGCAAAAGUUCUAUUCUGACCAGAGUACAUUUGUGCCAUGCAUCACCACUGUGAUCAAAGCAUGGCUCGAUUGUCUCACAAAGAGGUUGGCAGACGAUGCGAACGCGGCAUGGACCGAGCAACUUCUUGAGCAUGUCAAUCAAAGCGGUAGGAAUUUGAAAGCCAGAGUAGAGACGCGACCAGGGCCUCAAGUCAAAACGGAGCUCGCGAAAACAGGAGCAACGUUCAUGAUCGGCAUCCCCGAGUCAUCGCCUCCAUACAAAAACGUAUCUACGUGCUUCAUGACCGAGUUUGAAAAGCUCUUCACCAAAAGCUCCAAGCAGACUGGCUCAGCCCAGGCGCAAGGCGCUGAAGACGAGGACUGGGCCGACGUGACAGUGCCAUCAAGAACGCGCGGACAGACCAGCGAUAUAGUGUCAACUACAAUGCCUUCCCUGGACGAACUCCCGCGACCGGAAAUGCUGUUUGCCGCCCAAACGCCGUACCAUCUGAUUGUCAAGGUCGUCCAUAAUGGGAUGGUAGUGCAAGGAAGCCAUCAGGGGAGUUUGGAACUUCUUACCGGCUACUUGCAGAAGUAUACCAGGGAUAUCGAGAACGUCUCUGUCAAGCUUCCCAUUCUCAAAUCCGAGCUUCAAGCCUCGCAUUUCGGCUAUGGUGCACUGUUCGAUUCACUCACCAUCACGCCCGGUGACUCUCGCGCCGGCUGGGCAAGCAUCAAUCCCAUUCUCAUCCUUUCGUUCAUCGAAAGCGUGCUCGGCUACUCACCCGUCGCGAGUGGAAGCAGCGAGUCUCAAUGGUAUUUCAAGCGCGAUGUAGGAUUCAAAGAAUAA